AUGCCUGGGGGCCGUCUUUGCCGACAGGGGGGCGCCCCCCCAGAGAGCAGCAGCAGGCGGACGCCUUGCCUGCCAGCGCACGAGGGCCUCCGACGCCUCCCGCGUGCCGAGGGCACGGCGGCGGACAACCUGGACUUCAAGAAGCCCGCCGGCGAGCAGGACCCGAAGAACCUCAAGGCGGGCUCGGACCUGGUCGACUGGUGGGUGGACCUGUGCGGCAGGUAUCCGGUGGUCAUCCUGGAGGACCCCUGCGACGAGAACGACUUUGACAACCACGCCGCCCUCACCGCGAAGGUCGGCGACAAGGUCGAGAUCGUGGGGGACGACCUCUACUGCACGAACCCCAAGAUCGUGGCCAAGGGCGUGGAGAAGAAGGCCACCAACGCGAUGCUCCUGAAGGUGAACCAGAUCGGGUCCAUCUCGGAGGCCAUCGAGGCCUACAAGCUGUGCGUCGAGAACAGCUGGGGUGUCUUCUGCUCCCACCGCAGCGGCGAGACGGAGGACCACUUCCUUGCCGACCUCACGGUCGCGCUCGGCACCGGCCACCUCAAGACCGGGGCCCCCUGCCGCUCCGAGCGCAACUGCAAGUACAACCAGCUCCUGCGCAUCGAGGAGGAUGCGGGCAAGGUUAGUGUCCAUAUCCAGUGCGUCUUGGACUAUAUCCAGUAUCCAGUCCAUAUCCAGUGUCCAUAUCAAGUGCGUCCAUAUCCAGCGGCGCCACAAGGCCGAGGCGCACUGGAUAUGGAUAAAAAUCGAGCCUCCAGGGGGCAAAUUUAUCCAUAUCCAGUGCGCCUCAGGUUUCUUGGGAAGGGAGCCCGAAACUCCACACUGCAGUGGAUAUAG